AAACUACAGCAGAGCCUCAGCCGUCAGCUCCCUUUCGGCCGUCACCGUCCUGUCCUCCAUCGCAAGAAACCAUGGCGUCCUUGUGCCGCUCCGCCGCCGCCGCCGCGAGGUCAGCGGCGGUCCGGUCGAGAUCCUCGAUGGCGAGGCCGUUCCUGGCCGCGACGUCUCCUGUCUCUCCGCCACGCAUCCGCAGGCCCCUUAUAGCAGCGGCGCUGGCGAGUCUAGAGUCGCUCAUGCCGCUGCACAGCGCGGUGGCCGCCGCGCGGCUGCGGUCCUGCAUCGCCGUCGACUCCGCGUGCUGGAGCUGCCUCUCACAAGGUUUGACCAAGCGCAUCUGAGCAUGGUAGGGACAAAAUUCUAAAGAGAAUGGCUCAUGUGCUACUGCAUCAUGAUUUAGUCUUUCAAUACCUUCAUGUUAUCCUGUAAGGAUUAGCUGACAGCAUUUAAAUAUGGGUCCAUCAUUCGAUGGGGUAACAGAGAUGUGUUUCAGAUCCUUAAAACUUUUUCUGGUUAUGUAUUGGUUAUCUUUGUUGCAAUCUUAUGUCAUUGAUUUUUUUAUCUGGGAUUGUUCUUAACUGUGCUAUUGGUACCAAAUCUAUUGUCAAAUAAAUAUGACAAACUGCAUUUUAGAUGAACUGAUGCACAUGUAUACUUUAUGUCAGAUAUUGUCAUUUGCUGUUGAGUU